AGACGUUUCUUCUACCGGUUCCGGUCCAUCCUUGAGUACUGACCCGAGUCAUCGCAGAGAGUCUAAGAUCAAGAAAUGGAAAUCAAGGACGCCAUAUUACCUCCCCAUCGUGCAAUGGGUCAAGACAUACAACAGGAGCUACCUCAUCAGCGACCUCAUCUCUGGUAUCUCCGUCGCCUCCAUGCUUAUCCCCGCAUCCCUGGCUCUUUCUGACCUGGCAAGGUUACCAAUCAAUCACGGCCUAUACUGUGCCUUUGCAGCCACGCUCACGUAUACAUUCUUGGGUACGAGUCCCCAGAUGUCGGUAGGGCCAGAGGCUGUAGUGGCGAUUUUAACGGGCAUGCAAUUGGCACCGUAUGAGGGUGAGGAUAAGCUCAUAGCGGCAGCCACAUUAACUUUGAUGGUAGGCUGCAUCACCAUCGCCCUCGGUCUUUUAAGGUUGGGGUUCAUCGACUCCAUCCUGUCGCGGUCUCUACUGCGAGGAUUUAUCAUUGCCGUAGCAUUCCAUAUCAUUGCGGAGCAGAUUCCGGUGCUACUGGGAUACACCUCCCACAGUAAGGCGGGCAACACCGCCAUAGAGCACAUGAUUCACAUCUGGACACACCGCAGAGAAAUCAACUGGGCUAGCAGUCUGUUCGGCUGCACAUCCCUGGGCGUGUUGCUGAUGUUCAACAUGGCCAAGAAGCGUGUGCCGUGGCUGGCGUCGUGUCCCAUGAUUUUGGUGGUGGUGGUCGCUGCCACACUGGUGUCACAGUGGACCCACGCACACCUCAACUACGGCGUCAACAUCAUCGGCGCAGUGGACUCUGGGUUUGUAGCGCCAUUUAGCGUGGACCUGAAGGUGGAUGUGAUCAAUCACCUGCUUCCAGGUGCUGUGCUUAUCUUCCUGUGCGGCUUUGUGGAGAGUAUUGCGAUUGGGAAAGAAUACGCCAACAAGUACAGUUACCGUCUCAGUCCCAACCGAGAGUUAGUGGCCUUUGGCGCCUCCAACAUAGUUAGUGCGUUAAUGGGCGGCUAUCCAUGCUUUGGCUCACUCGCACGCAGCAAGGUUAUGGAUCAAUCAGGAUCACGCACACAGGCGGCGGGGGCGUUUUGUGCCAUGGCUGUGUUGGUUAUGAUCACGUGGACCCUCCCUACAGUAUACUAUGUGCCUAAGCCUGUUCUGGCGGGCAUCAUCAUAGUGGCAGCCAGUGGACUGUUUGAGAUUGACGACAUUGGGGUCAUCAUCCGCAUACACAAGUUCUCGGAUGUGGCCAUGUUUAUGUUUACGUUCACGUGCACAAUGGUCUUGGGGCUGACAUCUGGUAUCAGCAUAUCGUCAUGCAUCUCACUGCUGAUGGUGGUCGAGCACACUACGAUCCCCCGUAUCUCCAUCAUAGGCCGAGUCACAG